AUGGAUGUCGCUACUGCACAGUAUGAAGCUUUAAAAUCAUUUCUUGAAGCACAUCUUACACAAAUGAAUGCCGAGAGUUCAACACAGGUUCUACGAGCUUUCCACGGAUGUGUACGACGAGUUGACUCGUCGAGUAAUGAACUUGAACGAUA